AUGCAUCAUCUACACCAUAACAAAUUAAAAUUUCAUAAUACACAAAAAAAUCUAGCUAUUCGAGAUACUCAAAUAGAGCAUCUAUCAUAUAGUACUGAAAAAACAUCUACUUACUCUCCAGCUAAAUAUACAAUAGUGGACUAUAAUAAUGUGGAUGUUGUAUACAACAAUCGUCCAUUAGAAAACUCCCAGCAGCAGCUUUUGGAAAAUAUAUAUGAUUUAAAACAGCGAGGAAGGUCGUCGCUUUUAAAGCAGCUGGAAAGUCAAAAGCAGGAAUUGAGUAGAGGUUAUACAGACCUUAUAUACGAUCCAUAUCAGCUGACAAUAACACCCAACGAAAAACCAGCGAGCUCUAAUGAUCUCUACAAAACACGGUAUUUAGCUUCGUAUGUCACACCAUCGCCAUCACCAUCGCAUUCAGAAAUGCAUCCAAACUUACACCAUAAUAUACCACACAUAAACUAUAAAAAACCAACAAUUGUGUCACAUGCAACAGGCAACGAACCAUCACCAAUGACGACAACAUCCAUAAAAUCGCUUACAUCAAUCGAAAAUAUGCAGCAUUUUUUAACAACAGUCCACGGAGUAAAGUAUAAUACAAAUAAUGAAUUGAAUGAUUAUGAUGGCACCGCUGAAGACGUACCAGAAUUUAAUAAGUCUGCACUUAAGGCGGGUUCCAAACAGUAUUUGUAUGCACCAAUGCGGCCUUCUUUAGAGAGAGAAUUACCAUUAUCUAGCAACACUUUACCUUACCCUCCGUCAUUUAUAUUCAUCACUACCACGGAAAAACCUUUGCUCAAUUUUAAUUCAAUGCACCCUAAUAUACCAGAUUUAUUUACCCACCGCCAGUCCAAAUCAUUAUGGGAUUCUUACAUACCUAGCUGGCAGAUAACCAAAAUGAUGCAACAAUUAAAAAACAAGCCUAAACCUAACAUUGACAACAGGAAUAAUUUACAAACUUUAGCAAUCACUAGGCAGUAUAAAAUUGAAAGAGAAAAAUUAAGGAGUACUGUGUUUUUGUUAUAUGUAACAGUGAUUGCAUCUGAAGACUCUAAUUCAACCUUAACAAAGACCACAAAUACCAAGGUAGCGGAAAAGCUUUCUUAUCCAAAAAAAGUUAGUUCAAUAAAAAAGCAUCCCUCGAAAACUUCUCUGAAAAAAAUAGCAGAUAUUACUGAAAAGUUUAAAGAUCUGCCCGCUGAUGAUUUGGCAUUUAUCAAAGAAUUGGAUAAACAAUUUAAAUUGCAUGGAGGAAAAGUUAAAAUUAAAGUAGAAAAUAAAAAUGUCACCGAAACAAAGAACAGCAAAAGAACUAUAGAUGGAGAAUUGGGAUACGGCUAUGCUCACAAUGGAUAUCAGUACAACCCUCCCAAGUUUAUGUUUUACCCAUAUUCUCAACAACACAUAGCCAAUAAUGCAAACAAUUACUUCCUAACAGGAGAUGGCAAAACUGAAGUGUCCAUAGAGCCAUCAUAUUCAUAUGAAUUAAAGUCACAAUCUUACAUCAGUCACAAUGAACCACAAAUAGAUGUACCCAAACCGGAACUUCAACAACAAACUGAUCAUUUCCAGUCACAACAGCACCAUAUUCCACCACCACAACAGCAACAACAGUACGAGGAACCAGUUAUAGUUUUACGUAUACCCGGACCAGCUAAAUAUGCAUCCCAUUUACAAAUGCUUUUGCAAAAAUAUUUAGAAAUUAGAGCUGCCCAAUACCUCCGCAUCUUAGAAGAAGCAGAACACAGAAACAAUCAACUCCAACAAUUAGAUUACGGACAUGGAAAUAAUGCAAUCGCUGAUGGUCAGGUAGAGCAUGUUGAGCAUAAUCAACCUCAUGGACCAAUACCAGAUCAACAUGAUUAUCAGCAACAAGUGCAAUAUGAUCAUCAAAUUGCCGUGACUCCCCAACCAGUUCAAUACCCAGAAAUAGAUAAUGUCUAUCAAAACUAUAAGCACAGGCAUUCUUUACAGGCCGAACAGGUGCAGCAGCCGUUGCAAGACUCACAAGCAUAUUAUACACCACAACAAGGCGGAGAAGAACAACACCCAGCUCAAUAUCAGCAUCAAUCGCAACAUCAGCAACAACACCAGUAUCAGCAUCAAUCACAAUAUCAGCAACAAGAACAAGAGCAGCCUCAGUUUUAUUACACACACGAACAGCAAUAUGCUCAACCCGAAGGUCCACCAGCCAAUACAUAUCAGCAUGUAUAUCUAUUGUCCAUGGCACCUCAAGGACAGCCUGAUUAUGAAGCUUCUCAAGCCCAACCCGAAAAACAACAACCGAUUUAUGUCCAAGAACAACCAAAUCAGAAUGAACACUCUUCAUCAUUGCCCAUAGCCGAAAACAACCCUCGACCAUCACACACAAAGGUUGUAUUUACUAACAAUAACGAGCACUCUACUCAAGAUUACCAAAUGUACCAGUUACCUUCGAUAAAACCUAAUGAAAGACAUGCACCCUCAUCAAUACCAGAUUAUCACCAAGAUUUUCAGCAACAACAACACAAACAACAACAAUAUCAAAAUGUACAAGGAAAGCAAGACUCACAAGAAAGUUCGAUCAACUAUCAACAAAAUUACAACAGUGCAGAACCAGCUAACCCAGAAGUAGUGGCCAUUACUCAAAGACCAUACAAUUAUCAUGCGCAUAGCGUUAAAGCUCGAGCCAGGGGCAGGACAGCACAUUCCAGAAGAGCAGCUAUCACAAAAGAAGCUGAUAAUAAUGGCUUACAGAAGAUCCGCGAAUUUGUACGUGACAAAUUAGGUGCUGAGACCGGUAGUGCUGUGGAAUUUAAAACUACUCAAGUGAUAGAUGGUUGAAUUUAAGAUAGAAUAAAUUGAAAUGGAGAGAACCCCUAAAAAAACAAGAUAUUAUUGGUCUUAAUAUAAAAUGGUACUGAUU